CGCCUGCGUGCCAACCGGCCGCCUCAGCUCCGAAGGGCCGCGGAAGCGGAAGAGGCGAGGCCUCCGCCUCCUCCUCCCUCACAAACACCCGCGGCUCGCCGCUGAGGCGUUUCUACCGUCUCCGUGAGCUGCUGAGGUAAAUCAUGGCAGCGGGAAAGCGCGCUGAGGGGAGCGUGUUGGGAGGCGGCGGCGGCGGCGGGUCCCAGGAGGCGGAGGCGCCAGGCCCUCUUCUCCCGCUGAGCCGGCUGGACAUCCGGCGCUACUCCCGCCAGCUGGUUCUCCCGGAGCUGGGCGUGAGCGGCCAGCUGCGGCUGUCGGGCUCCUCGGUGCUGGUGGUGGGCUGCGGAGGGCUGGGCUGCCCCGUGGCUCAGUACCUGGCGGCGGCGGGCGUGGGCCGCUUGGGCCUGGUGGACCCGGACGUGGUGGAGUUGGACAACCUCCACAGGCAGGUGCUGCACCGGGAGAGCCGCCUGGGCACCCCGAAAGCGCGCUCGGCGGCCUCGGCGCUGGGGGAGCUCAAUUCCCGGGUGCGCUGCGUGCCUUACGAGCUGUCCCUGUCGCCCAGCAACGCCCUGCAGCUGGUCCGAGACCACGACGUGGUGGCCGACUGCUCGGACAACGUGCCCACCCGCUACCUGGUCAACGAUGCCUGCGUCCUGGCCGGGAAGCCCCUGGUCUCCGCCAGCGCCCUCAGGCUCGAAGGGCAGCUGGUGGUGUACAACCACCAAGGAGGCCCCUGCUACCGCUGCCUGUUCCCCAAGCCGCCCCCUCCGGAGACGGUCACCAACUGCGCUGAUGGAGGGGUCCUGGGGGUCGUGCCUGGCAUCCUCGGUACCCUCCAGGCCUUGGAAGUGAUCAAGAUCGCCUCUGGCAUGGGUGCCACAUGCCACAGGUCCAUGCUGCUCUUCGACGCCCUGGAAGGCAGGUUCCGCCACAUCAAGCUGAGGCCCAGGGACCCCAGGUGUGCUGUCUGUGGGGACAGCCCCACAGUGACCGCCCUCCAGGACUACGAGGAGUUCUGUGGGUCAUCGGCCACAGACAAGUGCCGGGCGCUGGACCUGUUGAGCAGCGAGGAGAGGGUGUCUGUGGAAGAGUACAAAAGGGUCCUGGACAGCCAGGCUCCUCACGUGUUGGUGGACGUGCGCCCGCCAGUGGAAGUGGACAUCUGCCGCCUGCCGCAUUCCCUCCACAUGCCCUUAAGUAAGCUGGAAGGAGGGGACGAAGGAGCCCUGAAGUCCCUGCGGCAGAGGAUACACGAAGCGAGGCAAGGGGCGGACGACAGCUCGGCUCUCCCCCUUUACGUGGUCUGCAAAUUGGGAAAUGACUCUCAGAAGGCUGUGCGAAUAUUGCAGGGGUUGUCUCAGAAUGAACUAGGUCCCAUUUCUGUCAAGGAUAUCAGGGGAGGGCUGAUGGCAUGGGCUAGCAAAAUCGAUGAAGAGUUCCCCCAGUAUUGAUGUUUUCUAAGAGCGAUAGCGUUCUGUUUUUAUUCAAGCGUUUCAUUGGUCACUGUCGUGGCUGAAAAUAUUUGUAAUAAUCCUGCAGAAGCCUUUUCGGAAUAUAUGAAAUUUAUUUUUUUAGGAAAAAAGUUGUUGUUGUUGUUAUAAAAGAUAAGUGUGUGUGCGUCGAUUUGUUAAAAAGUCAUAUGGGCUUGUAGCCAGUGGACAUCAUUUAGGGAUUUUAAUUAAUUUAAUGCAUCUAAUUUAAUUAAUUAAUGCAUCUACUGAUGAGAAAUGCAAAUCGUGGCAUUUCAGAAGAAUUGCUUCCAUAAUAAGCUGGUUAAUUUACAUCUUUACUUUUGAAUUUCUAAUACUUUUCCUUUUACUAUUGAUGCUGCGACAUCAAGGCAUAUAUCAGGUUCCAUCUAUGUACAUCAAAUACUCUUGAGAGCAUUGAACAUCACCGAUCCAGUGAACUUUGGAAAUGAUACUGAACUUUGAAAAUGGCAGUCUCCUCUUCACUUUUCUUUAUCUUUUUCAUCGUGUGUCUUUAGUAAUUAUUUUGCUUAACGAAGCUGAGAGAGUGCAAGUAUUGUGCCUUGUUAAAUUGAGAGAGAGCACUCUUCAAUUUUCUCAUGUAUUCCUUCUUCCCCUCUUUGCUGCAUCCCACUGUAUCAGUUUGGAUGCCAUUUGCUGUCUCUACAUCUUGGAGAAUAUUUGCUCCUGAGUCCUAUUGGGUGUAUGGGGUUUACAUCUUGUACAUAUCCUUUGCUUUCUCCCACACACUAUUGCUGGGAACUUUUGUUAUCUAGCACUUCAUCUCUUCCUUUAGCUCCAGUCUCUCCAUUUUUCUUCAUGACCUACUUGGUUGUGAGUUAUAAAAUCAUGCGAAAGAGGCAUUCCUAA